AUGAUGGUCCGGGUGGCGUUGAGACAACUCUGGCAGGUGGAGGCUGCGUGCAAUUUCAUCAAAUCUCGCGUGGACUCCAGCAGUGUUGAUUCCCUCUUCUACGCUGCACAGUCCAUCCGGGUCCUGUCUGGCUGCGAGGUUACCAUUUCAAAUGAGACCAGGGAGCUGCUGCUUGCAGCUGUCAGCGAGGAUUCCUCAGUCACCCAGAUCUUCCACGCCGUUGGGGCCCUGAGUGGCUUUGGCCUUCCUUUAGCAUCUCAGGAAGCACUUAGUGCUCUUACUGCUCGUCUUAGCAAAGAAGAAAAUGUGCUGGCAACCAUCCAGGCUUUGGAGACGGCAUCUUACUUGUCCCAGCAGGCAGAUCUAAGUGGCAUUGUGGAGGAGAUAGAGGAUCUUGUUGCUCGCCUGGAUGACUUGGGUGGAGUUUAUCUGCAGUUUGAAGAAGGAAUUGAGACUACUGCACUGUUUGUUGCUGCUGCCUAUAAGCUGUCGGACCACGUGGGUACGGAGCCAGCCAUGAAGGAGGAUCAAAUUAUCCAGUUGAUGAAUGCAAUUUUUAGCAAGAAAAACUUUGAGACGCUCUCGGAGGCCUUCAGCGUUGCUUGUGCCGUGGGUUCUUUAUCCCGGAACCGCUACCACUUGCCUGUCAUUAUUGUCCCCGAUGGGCCUGCAGCUGUGUCUCACCAUCAGCCCAUACUCAGGCUACAAGUGACCGAUGUUAUGUCCCAGCCACUGACUCAAGCUUCUGUAAAGCUUGACUACGCCAAGUCUGCAUCUAGCAAAGCCACUGUCCUUCAACAGACAGCAUUUGCUCUGUCAGGAGACAUCUUUGAGCUGAACUUCAUGAAUGUGAAACCUGCAAGUGGAUAUUAUGAUUUCUCUAUCAGUGUGGAUGGAGAUAAGCGAUUUAUUGCUAACAAAGUUGAGCUGAAAGUAAAAGUUUCCACGGAAGUUGGGAUUACUAAUGUAGAUCUUUCUACUGUGGAUAAAGAUCAGAGCAUUGCACCAAAAACAACCAGGGUAGCUUACCCAGCCAAAGCCAAGGGCUCAUUCACUGCUGACAGCCAUCAGAAUUUUGCUUUAUCCUUCCAGCUGAUAGACGUGAACAGUGGAGCUGAACUCAUCCCUCACCAGACUUUUGUCCGACUUCACAACCAAAAGACCGGCCAGGAGGUAGUGUUCGUUGCAGAACCAGACAGCAAGAACAUAUACAAGUUUGAACUGGAUACCUCUGAAAGAAAGACUGAAUUUGACUCUGCCUCUGGUACCUACACUCUUUACUUGAUAAUUGGAGAUGCCACUCUGGAAAAUCCAAUCCUGUGGAAUGUGGCUGAUGUUGUGAUCAAAUUCCCAGAAGAGGAUGCACCAUCCACAGUCCAGUCCAAGAACCUCUUUGUUCCCAAACCUGAAAUCCAGCACCUCUUCAGGGAACCUGAGAAGAGGCCUCCCACUGUGGUAUCCAACACUUUCACAGCAUUGAUUCUUUCCCCCCUGCUUUUGCUGCUCAUUCUGUGGAUAAAGAUAGGUGCCAACAUCUCCAACUUCAGCUUUGCUCCCAGCACCAUUGUUUUUCACAUGGGACAUGCUGCAAUGUUGGGACUCAUGUAUGUCUACUGGACUCAGCUCAACAUGUUCCAGACUCUGAAGUACUUGGCCAUUUUAGGUGGCGUCACAUUCCUGGCAGGCAACAGGAUGCUGGCUCAGAAAGCAGUAAAACGGACACACUAGUACCAGAAGAAUGGAAGAAAUGGGGAAAAACAAGGCAAAUGCCUUCAGAACAGAAGUGAAUAAAUAACUGAAAGACAAGAAGAAGGAAGGCAAAAGCAGAUUUUUUUUUUAUAUUAAGUCAAAAGGGUGCCAGUUACACUUUUUUAAAAAUAUGAUUUUCAUCGUUGUGUUCAUGCUACUUGAGUGCUUUUCAUAUGAAUCCCAAAAAUCCUUUGUUCCCUGGAUCCUCCCCCCUUUUUCUCCCAGGAGGCUUGAAUUUCUGUUAGUAAAAGAGGGGGGGGGGAAUACAAUUCUGCCUUUCCCCAGAUGCCCUCUCCUCAUCCUAAAUGAUUUGUGAAUAAAGAGGAAAGAAUGGUCCUGA